CAAGGACCAAUUGACUCAAUGUGAAAUUACCUCUAUAAGUGGAACACCUCCCAAGCGAAACACUUUUUAGAGGUACCAAAGGACAGGUUUUACUGUACUUAACAAAUCUGUGUUCCUGAAAGGAUAAAUGUGGAAAUACUAGAAAUAUCUGUUUGGGUGACCCAUAGAAUGGAAUAAUAGGAACAAUACAAGUGAAAUUUAUCCACAAGAAAGUAGAAUGCAAAUUAUGUAAUCUUUAAAAUUCAAUUUGAACCAAGGCCACAAAAAGUAGAAUAAAAUUACAUAACAUUCUUUGAAUAAACAGAUUUAUACUUUAAAUAAAAUUUUCCAAUAAUCCUUAUCACUGACUAAGAUUAUGUCAUAUUUCUUUGAAACCAAGUCAAAAUCAAAGAUUAAGCACAAAGGGAAUUUAGAUCUAAGACCUUCUUAUAAAAAUAAUGAGUUUAAAAAUAGCCCCCGCAAUGCAAAUCAUCACAUAUUCAGAUAGCUAUGAGACCAUGCAAACUAAAAAUAAAUGUUUCAUAUGUUUCAUAUGUACAAAACUAGAAAUGAAAGAACAAAUUGGUGCUGAGAAAGUAAACAACUACAUUUAUACAUGGAAUUUAGGUUAAAUAUAUGGAAAUGUAUGUGAGAGGAUGACAGAAUAAAAACAGAAAUGAAGCUUACUCUUAGAUACCUUGCCUCUGUGCUUGCCACACUUGUGACAUUUAUGAAUCUAUACAUGUAUUUUGGAGGAUAUAGCACAUAUACAAAAAAAGAAGGUGCUGAAAAACAACAUUACAACAUUCAGCAAUACUCAAAGAAACUGCAGGCCAUAUUAUCACCGGGAUAUGUAGCGAAGGACCACAUACAUAGCAUAGCAAAUCAUUCACUUGAUGCAGAACCAGCUUUAACAAGUGUACAUGAUAUAACGGAGACAGACGAUGACAGAAAACUGUCACAUGCACAUGAUAAUAAUGAAGGACAAGUGAGAAGUGAAGAAGAAGAUAAAGAUGAUGCAGAAUCCGAUAAAUUAAAUUCACCUUUGAAUAUUGAAGAUGAACAAUUCAUAGCUGUUGACACUAAUGAAAAAAGCAAUAAAUCCUCACUUGCAUCAUCAGUCAAUGGACCAAAGACACGGUCUAAUGACCAAAUACCAAAGACAAUAAACAGCACGAAUAAACCAUGGCGUACAGAAUACGAUAAAAUAGUCAAUCCCCAUAAUUUUCACUACAAAAUUAAUGAGGAAAAAAUAUGUGCUAGCAAGACUGAUAUCAUCGUUUUUAUUAUCAGCGCCACGGAUCAUUCCACCCAAAGAUUGCUGAUUCGCCAAGCAUGGGCGGGAGAGAAAACAGUAAAUGGGUUUGCCAUAAAGGUGGUUUUCCUCAUGGGGGAUUCUGGGAAAUUAACUAUAAACCACGCUAUUCAAGAGGAAAGUGCAAUUUACGGGGAUAUUAUACAAGAAACAUUCAUGGAUACUUACAGGAACUUAACUUUAAAGACAAUCAUGGGUCUAAAAUGGGUCACAAAUUUCUGUCCAGAUGCAAGAUACAUUCUUAAAUGUGAUGAUGAUAUUUUUGUAAACGUCUUUCAACUGGUUAGACAUUUAAAAGUAUUUGAAAAGCAAGGAAGAGACAAAAAUUUAAUCCUGUGCAAUAUUGAUACAGGUAAUCGUUCACAUGUAAUAAGAGACUCUAGCAGUAAGUGGUAUGUUACAUCCGAAGAAUUCCCAGGUGAUCAUUACCCUACCUACUGUGAUGGACCCGUGUAUCUGUUAGCGACAAAUGUAGGAAAGGCAUUAUAUAAUGCUUCUUUAUAUCAGCCAUUAUUCUGGCUUGAGGAUGUAUAUACAACAGGCUUCCUUGCAGACAAACUUGGAAUGGAACAUACAGAAUUUUCCUCUUUAUAUGCUUAUGUUCCCCAGUGGUUCACAUUUGAUAUUUUUGUAUCAUUUAUUGUCAAACAGUAUGUAUUUGUGAUAUGUAAAUCAACACAACAUAUAACAGAACUCUGGAUGAUCCUAGAGCAGUAUCAACGAAAUAACAUACAUGAGAAGCGGUUGCUAUAUCAACCAAUGGAGCUUCGUAAUGCCGCAGUUGCUAGAGAAAAAGAACGCUUUAAAAAUUACAAAUAUUAUCUUUGGAAACUUCGUUAAUGUUUGCUCAAUAAUGUAAACAAUAAAUAUAUGAAAUCAUGUAA